UACCGCUCCCCUCGUCUAUUUGAAACGAAAACAUCCUGCCCUCAAUUUUUUUAUUCAUUUUGCUGGCGUUGUCGUUUUUCGCAUGUUGUGUACAAGAUUUGUUUUUGUUGAAGCAUCGAAACACAGAGUAAUAGACUAAAUUUCGCCGUUUGUGUUCGUUUCUUGCAUCAAUAUGUCUAAUCAUUUUGAUAUUUUCGAUAAUUUAAACAGCUAUUUGAAUAAGAGUGACGAUUGUGACAUUCCCGAUGAUGACGAUUUAGCGGAAAAUUCAGUGGAUUCAAUAGCGAAUGAAGACCCGGUGCAAACACAGACCAAUGUGGGUAAGAAGCAAAGCCUUUCGAAGGAAAUCAAAAAGAAAUCUGUGGUUGAUCCAAAGCAGCCAAGUUCGAAGCAGGAAACGCUAAUACCAUCGGGUCCUGUUGAAAAAUCUGAAGAGCCUCAAAAUUUAGCUACAUCAUCAGACCGAACAGUCAAUCUAAUUGAUGACCUGGAUCAACAAAUGAAAGAUCUCCAGCAUCAGUAUGAUAUGAUAUUCGGUAAAAACAGUUCCUGUACUCCAACGGAUAAAAAAUAUUUUGCCCAACUCAAAAAGCGUUACAAUACUUUGAUGAAACAACAAACUGCACCCACGAGAAGAUCCAGUCGUGGACGGCAAAAUUCGAAUUCGUUCACAGCAGAUUUAGAAUCACUUAAAGAGAUAUUUUUCAAUAUUUGUGUUAAUUAUAAUUUAAUAGCUCCCGUUUCUGUUUGUCCUGCGCCCGAGACUAGAGAAAUCGGAGCCGGGCGACGUAGCAGAAGGACUAGGCAACAAGAACCGGAACUGAUUAAUUUAGUAGAUAGUCCUGCCUUGAUCAUUCCUGGAACAAUUAACUUGGAUUCGGACGAAGAGGAAGUCGUUUUGGAUGUGGCGAAUAAAAGCUCAAAUCAGUCAUUUGAAUUGGAGAAUUAUGAAAUUUCGGUUAAAGUCAAGUGGCAGGGUAAAAUCGAGCGAUUCGUCCACAGGAAACAUCAGAAGUUUGCAGACUUGAUUCGGCAGCUUGCGGAUCGAAACGGUGCCGAUCCAAACUUUGUUAUUCUAAAUUUGAACGAACGAAUUAUAAAUCCGAACGACACUCCGGAUACUAUCGGUUACAGGAUAUCUCAAUUCAUCUCCGGUCGUGUCGUAGAGGGGUCUCUUGCGAAUAUGUUCACAGGAAAACAAACAUGCACCACGAAUAAGAUCGCUCCUAACAGUAACGGUAUCAUUCUGAAGGUGCAAUCGGAACGAUGGAGACAGCCGUUAGAAGUCCCAAUUGAAAAACAUCAGAAGAUGCGUAUUGUUGUGAUAAAAUGUGCGGAAGAGUUGAAGUGUAAUCCUGGCCAGAUCAAAUUGAGUUUUGACGGUGAUACGGUGGGGAUGGAUUCUACACCGCUGGACUUGGAACUGGAUGGAGUCAUUCAAAACACAACAGAGAAUGGAUCGAGACUCAAAAUGUUUAUUCAACAAUGGAUUCACCACAAACGAUUAUGCAGCAGAAAAAAAACGCAGCAGUCGCGCAUCUAUCUCAGGUACAACAGCAUCAAAUAACAGAUUCCUCCACCGACGGAACACAUUCUGACGCCGGGUUUCCUAAACGAGAAUAUUAUGAAUUUACGGAUAAUAUAACGGAAAAGGCACAAAAAUGACAGUAGUUAAGGAGGAAGAUAUUCGACUAAAACAAAUCCGGGAAAUCAUAUGCGAAAUGGUGUUAUGACUAGCUCACAAUACCGUACGAAAAAAGUGAUGUGAACACCGAGAUUCGUCGAAACAGUUUAUUUCGUUCAAUGGAGAAAAAUAUGAUUUAUUUAGAUAUCGAGAAAUCCUGGAUUGAAUUGUGCAGGUAAUGUUUUGGGAAUCCACUGAAAGCUAUUGAAAUUGAACUGAAUGUGCAGGAAGAUUACACUGUAUCUAUAUUACCAUAUGGACUAACAACUACUUUCGGAUUUUGUAUAUGAGAACGUUUUCUUCUCAACGGUAAAGAAUGCGGAUAUAGAUAUUCGUACCUAAUUUUGAAACAAAAUUGAUCGUUUUUGAAUCACUGGUCGGUGAUUAUCAUCCGUCACCCCAUUCGCAUAAUAACAGGAUACAGAGGAUAUACAUAAUAAUCUUCAUGAUAAUGUCACUCGCUGUGUAAAUAUCAUGAUACCGAGCUCCAAGUGAUGAUUCAUCACUGACUGAUGUUCAUCAAUACCCUAUUGAAUCAACGAAAUAGCAGCCGGAUGAUGAGAGGGUAUUCACUCUGCAGGAAUAAGUUCAAUCAUUCGCUCAAGCACUUCACUUCGAAAUGAUAACAGGAAGAUUCUCUGGCAAGGCGGUCGACUGUUUUCUGUACGUAGUGCAUAAAAGAACACAUAUCGGUACUGAAGUAGUUCGAUCAGUGCAGGUUGAGUGAUUUUUUUGAAUCAGGGAUAUCAGUGAUCGACGUGAUAUUGCAUCAUGUGAUAUUCCUUAGAACCGGUUGCCGAGAUUGUGGCUUUACGGUCGUGAGCAAUCAUAAAAUAUCAUGUAAUCAGAAAGUUGUAGUAUGCAGUAUGUAGUACGUAUAUAACAAAAUGCGAUCUGUUUAUGUCGUUGUAUACUGAAUAAAAUAAUAAAUUUC